UUUCACUUGAUCGAUAUUUCAUUUUCCCAGUGUGACAGAACAACUUUUGUGUGUUUAACCCUUAUAUAUACAUAACGAAAAAAGAAAAAUAAACAAAAUGUUUAAGGAGCUCGUUUUGUGGAUGCACCGUAUGGCCCACGACUUUUGCUUGGCUCGUCCAGUGACUCCGCCACCUCGGCAUGGCUGUCGUGUGCCAGUGAAGAACGGCUUCUUUGCCAACUUGAUUUUCUUUGUGGCCAUCGUUACGCCGCUGUACUUUUGCCUGCUGAAGGACGUGAUCGCCAUGAUCACCGGGCCCAAGAAGCGCUAGUUUCCCAAGGACCUCACCCGUUUCAAGUCAUAGCUUGGUCAGUCAGUGUAGUUAGUGUUCAAUAUCACCCCCAAAUACAUUUUGUGGCAUCGCCUGCGAGCACUCA